GCCGCCGCCGCUGCGCCCUGGCUCCGCAGCCGCCGCCGCGCAGCUGCAGCCCCGCUCCCGUCCGCGGCGCGCCGAGACCCCAGCCCGUGCCCGCUGGCAGGCUUCAUCAGCAGUUUCUCAAUGUUUGGAAAGUUCUGAGACCCACCCUGUUGCACCACUUGCAACCAGUGCCUAAGACUACAAAAACAUAUGUGUGGAAGAACCUUUCCUUGAAGGAAGUGUCCCUCGCUAUACUGUGGAAACUCCGUUCAAGCCUUGCCAGGCAGGAGAGCGAUUUGUGCUUCCAUUGGCAUUUGUUUGUAAUCUCUGCUUCUUAUGCACUCCAGCACCCCUAUCAGUUCCUUGUUCUCCUUCACCAGCCCUGCAGUGAAAAGGCUGCUGGGCUGGAAACAAGGAGAUGAAGAAGAAAAGUGGGCAGAAAAAGCUGUCGAUUCCUUGGUGAAGAAGUUAAAGAAGAAAAAGGGUGCCAUGGAAGAACUGGAAAGGGCUCUGAGCUGCCCGGGUCAGCCCAGUAAAUGUGUCACGAUCCCUCGUUCCUUGGAUGGGCGGCUGCAGGUGUCUCACCGCAAGGGGCUUCCCCAUGUCAUAUAUUGCAGAGUGUGGCGCUGGCCUGAUUUACAAUCUCACCAUGAGUUGAAACCACUGGAAUGUUGUGAAUUCCCAUUUGGCUCAAAACAAAAAGAAGUGUGCAUUAACCCCUACCAUUACCGGCGGGUGGAAACCCCAGUCUUACCUCCUGUACUCGUUCCAAGACACAGCGAGUUUAACCCUCACCUCAGCCUCCUCGCCAAGUUUCGAAACACUUCUCUGCACAGUGAGCCACUGAUGCCGCACAAUGCCACUUAUCCUGAUUCUUUCCAGCAUCCUCCAUGCACCCCUUUUCCGUCAUCACCCAGCCACAUGUUUUCCCAGUCACCUAACAGCAUCAGCUAUCCCAACUCACCAGAAAGCUCUUCUGGACCAGGAAGUCCCUAUCAGCUCACAGUGGAAACUCCACCUCCACCCUACCACACAAGAGAACCUGCAGGAAUCCACAAUGGACGGUCAAUGGAUGCAAUAGCUGAAAGUCAACUAGUGCUUUCUUUGCCCAAUGGAGGUAAAUCUGCCGAUGGAGAAGCUGAAAACUUUCGGCCUGUUUGUUAUGAGGAACCCCAACACUGGUGCUCAGUUGCCUACUAUGAACUCAACAACCGCGUAGGGGAGACUUUCCAGGCUUCCUCUCGAAGCAUCCUUAUAGAUGGAUUUACAGAUCCCUCAAAUAACAAAAACAGGUUCUGCUUGGGUCUGCUCUCAAAUGUAAAUCGCAACUCUACUAUAGAAAACACCAGGAGACACAUAGGAAAAGGUGUUCAUCUUUACUACGUUGGUGGGGAAGUUUAUGCUGAAUGUGUCAGUGACAGCAGUAUUUUUGUGCAAAGCCGCAACUGUAACUACCAGCAUGGUUUCCACCCAGCCACUGUCUGCAAGAUCCCCAGUGGCUGCAGCCUCAAGAUCUUCAACAACCAGCUCUUCGCCCAGCUGCUUGCCCAGUCAGUCAAUCAUGGUUUUGAAGUGGUGUAUGAGCUGACCAAGAUGUGUACUAUUCGAAUGAGCUUUGUUAAAGGCUGGGGAGCAGAGUAUCAUCGCCAAGAUGUUACAAGCACGCCUUGCUGGAUUGAGAUCCACCUGCAUGGACCAUUGCAAUGGCUGGAUAAGGUGCUGACACAGAUGGGCUCACCUCACAACCCCAUCUCCUCAGUCUCUUAAGAAUCAUCUCUAGAAUUCCUUUAGGAUGGAUGCUAUUGCAGGCAGUGGCUUAUAGAAUUCCCAGUGAACAGAAGCUUCUAUAUGUAGAUGUAUGUAGAUGUAAAUAUAUCCAUACAUGGUCUACUUUCUUCUUUUUUUUUCAUGCUACAUUUUGUGGUUUCUAGUUACUCUGAUGCCAGUAAAACAAGUUUAGAAAUUCAGGUAUAGCAUAUCUGUUCUCUAGUGCAAAAUAAGCCAAAUUCCUGCAAAAGUGUCAAACAUUUCCUGUGAGCAUCUUCAUUCCCCAGCCAAGCCAGUAAAUGGUGCGAUUUCUCAGCACUUUCAUGUGGGUUUGGAAACCUGGCUGUAGCUGUUCCUAGUAGGUGAAAUUCACCCAUCUGCAGGCAACCAAAGUCAGAUCUCUAUGCCAUUUAUAUCCAUUUUACAUCCUAAUUUCAGGUCUAAAACAGGACCUUAGAUGGUGCACAGGACUUAUGCAUAGAGAUGACUUUUAUCUAGUGAACUGAAGGACUAAAUUGCAAUUCCAGUCUGACUCCCUACUGCAAAGCAUGAUGGGACAACAAAUCCUUGGAGGAGCUGAGGCACCCACAUCUCCCCUAGGAUUUGGCAGGAGGAGAGAGCCCUCAGGACACACUCAGCACUGGAGCCUUAUCAGAGCAUUCUGGACACCUCCAAGUAGUCUGUUACUGUUGACACAGUAGGGUACGGUACUGCUGCACUGAAAAGCAACAAGCUCCUAAGAAAAAAAUAAUAAUUGAAAUGUAUGCCUAUGAGUAAAAAAACUAAUUAACUUCCAGUGCUUUUUUUGCAUACAUACAUACUUGCAUAUGUAUCCGGCAUGUAAACUGAAUCCUAUCCAUUAUACAGUAUUGAUGUAGUUUGUUUUAAAGUUAGGACUGUCUGUAGAUAGAAUACUGUGCUGAUAUCAAGGGUACACCUCAAAGGGGUUUGAACUGUGAUUCAGAAAAGAGAAAUGAAGUGUGCAUUGAAGAAGCAAAUAAUUAGUUUAUCAUUCACCUUGGGAUAGUCUCCAUACUGGGAGCAGGAAGCCCCAUGCCCACAGGAUGCAAUGAGAAGGAGGCGGGAGUCAGCCACAUCCAUCCCCUGUACUGGGCCAGUCCUUGGGAUCUGACUGCGUUGCUUGGGUCUGACAGAGAGAGGGCUUCCCUGCCAGCCACACAUCGUUCCUCAUCUUAGAUACAGGUUCCAUCAUUUGCUGUGCUUUUGCCUUGCCUGCAGGGGCUGGUGAGGCAGUGUAAGCAGAGAACAAGCGAAGAGUGAAUCGAUGUGCAGUGCAUCGCUGUGUUCCUUCUGUAAGCAGGAAAACCUGUUGCCCAUACCCUCAUCCACAGAGCCAGCCUUGCAAAAUGCUGUUCACUUUGUAACCUUCUCUGAGGAAACAGGUGAAACUCUUAAUACGUUUUGAUGGUCUCCAUCAUUUUGCUGAAAGAAUCAAGUAUUAUUUCUUUCAAGGCAUAACAGUUCACUGGAAAAUUGUUUUGCUUUAAGGAUCAGAAAGAGUGAUACCUUCUGCAAUCGCAUUCCUCCAUAGAAUACACUAGAAGUAUCAUGAGGAAAAAAAAAUGUUUUACAGAAUGUUUCUUUUCUUCUCACACAAUAUCUGGUGCUACACAUUUUGCUGCAUAAUUCAAAGAGGAUGCCUGAAAUCUUCAGCUAUAUCACAUAUGCAAAGGAAAUAACCUUCACUGGAAAGACAGUAAGUAAACUAACAGUGUUAUUUCAUUUCAAUGCAUCUUCAGCUGCCUGUAGAAUUUGCAGGACACAGAAGGAUAAAUUAUUGUUAAGUUUGAGCAGUAAUAGCAAGUUGUAUAUGAAAUUUGUACAUGCGAAGAACCCUGUUCUGUCAUCAUUUGACGUCAGCAGUGUCACUGUGAGAUAGGAAAAGCUUUACAGUCUCUUGCAGCAAUGAAAUACAAUAAUAAUAUUACACAGAAAUUCCAGAAGUGCCAUUUACUGUUUAGCAGACUUGAGAGACAUCAAUUUGAAAAAAUGCAUUUUCCUCAGCUCCCUCUGUCAUCAGUGACCCUGUACCAAGGUACUGGUAACAUGGUUUUUUGCAUGUUUAUUGCACCUCUUCUCCAGUAGCACCUUUGCUCUAGGAUGAGCACCUUUACAUGUUGCUCAUUUCUUUGCUUUCUUUAAGGACAGAGAAAAUCACCUCUUCUGUCUAGGAUCUUGCUCUGUCCUUUAUCCUAGGUUCUUUCUUGCCUUUUAGGCUGAAACCUCUUUCUCUUCUAAUAUAGAGAGAAGCUUUUAUAGAGAGAAGACAUUCCCAGCAUUGUCAUCUUUCUCACAGAAAGCAAAAAGGAGAUGUUCUGAGGUAUAUCUGGUCUUGCGCAGCUCCAGAACCCAGUUUCUGCCAAUGCUGAAAAACUGGCCAGUGAAGAGAAGCAGGUCCUUUUGGGGCAUCAUUCAUUUCAUCAUAAGACAGGCAUUUCAAGUAUGUGAAACGGUGCUUUGGGCAUGCUUAUGUUUCCCCACUGAGUAUAAGGGGAACUUGUGUCAUUAGCGCAAAUGUGGACUGCUACACUGGACAUUCCAAAAGUAGAUGAGGUCAACCCUAAGGACGAUGUGGUAGCUUUCCCAGCCUAGUAAUGAUGCUUGCUCAGUUAAGUGUCUGUGUUGUUUGAAUAAAAGUUGGUAAAAUCAGAGCAGUUCUUUCUGUCCUGUAUGUCUACUUUUAUAGUAAUCCUUACAUUAGUGGAAUUUGGCUUCCAUGCAGUCCAUACAUGCAUCUCAUUUAAGGCAGUCACCUUAAUACUACCUUACUAGUAAGUAAAGAGGAAUCUCUGAAGCAUGAUUCUUCUGACCUAUUUAAAACAUCUGUAUUAGAAUGAAAUGAAUUUCAGCAAAUUUAACUACUUGUCCAAAAUUGGAUCAAAGCACCUGAUUCUGGGCAAUUGAAGCCAUUGGCCAUCUCAGAGUUGUUAGCAUUGGAAAGGCUGGUAUCAGUGUGUCAAACUGUUUCUUCCUGUUUUGGUGGCCUUUGGGGACUUAUCCCACCGUGUGAGAUGCUGUGCAAACACAGAGAAGCUGACAGCUCCUUUCCGAGUGAAGGGGAGAGUCCACAGUACAUGGGAGAAGUGAUAAUAGUGGAUGAGGCAAACAAGUAAAUAGGAAGAUAAUCCCUGCCCAGAUGCAAAGAUAAAAAGUAAGGUUAUUAAACCAUUUAUUUCCCUUUCUUUUUGAACAAAGUUUCUUUUACAGGCUUCUCUAGUAUAUGUGAAUUGAACUGGGUUAAAAAUUCAGGUUUCUCUUAAUCUACAGCAGUGUAACUUGAUAUCUCUAAUGCCUCCCCAAUAUGGAAGGAGAUAUUUGCUGCUGAAAGUUCUUCAUAAACCUAUCCACCUGUAGUCAACUUAAGACCUUUAAAUGUAUUCAUUAAUACUCAAACUUUGGAGGUAGUCUUCCUGAGAGAUUUAAAACCACUUACAGGUAGACUACAAUCAGCCGACCAGGGGUGGAGCCAAGGUCGUUUCCCAGGGAUUUAAACUGCUCCAGGGAGCACAAGUGACCCGGAGUGGUCAAACAGGGAUGUGGCAUGGCAGUUUGCACAGGCAGGGCGAGCAGGAAGAGCACAGCCACCCCCGCAGCUUUCUCUGUGGGUUGUCGGGUAGGUGUGUGGCUAUGGUUUAUUUGUUUGGUUUUGGUGUGGUUUUUUUUUCCUGCAAGUCAACUAGACCCAGAAAUGGUUUCCAAAUGAGCAAAAGCCAUUGCUGUUGCUGUCAGGGGGAGUGUGCUAACGCAGACAGAACCCCCCAGGAAGGACGUAGUUCUUACGGUCACUGUCUGCAGUAUGUCUGAGCCUGUUGUUAGUACCAGAGGACAGUGCAAGAGACGCCUGCAUACAAUGCGAGCAGAUGAAUGAUUUGCUUAGUGGCAGAGCUCAAGGAAGAAGUAGAGAGGCUAAGAAGUAUUAGAGAGAGGGAAAUAGACUGGUGGAGUCGCACCCUUUAGACCCCAAAAGAAGUCCAGCAGAAGCCCUGCCCCUCCUGCCAUCAGGCAGAUGGAGCAAACCAAGUAGAUGGGGGCGAAUGGAAAAAGGUCCCUGAUCAAAGAGGUAAAAGGAUCCCCUCCUGACCCCCAUCACCUACCCAGGUGCCCUUAAAGAACAGGUAUGAGGCCCUGGACCCAGACAGGCAGAGGGCAGUCAAGAAGAGGAUCUUUCUGGAGGGUCUCCUGGUUGCACCCUGUCUACCAGACGGAUCACAACCACAGCUAUAAAGAAAAAAGGGUAGUUGUAGUAGGCAACUCCCUUUUGAGGGGAGCAGAAGGCCCUCUAUGCCAACUGGACCCAUCCCACAGGAAAGUCUGCUGCCUUCCUGGGGCCCGGGUGAGGGAUGUUAGUAGGAGACUCACUGAGCUAAUCCAGCCCUUGGAUUAUUGUCCACUGCUGGUGGUCCAGGCUGGCAGUGAUGACAUUAAUGAAAGAGGUACCAGGCUAAUUAAAGAGGACUUCAAGGUGCUGGGUUGAUUAGUUAAUGGGACAGGAGCACAGGUGGUGUUCACCUCAGUUCCUGCAGGAGGAGGGAUGAAUGAGGAGAAGAGUAGGAAAACCUGUCUAAUUAAUAGGUGGCUAAAGGAUUGGUGCCACCGGCAGAAUUUCAGUUUUUUGACCAUGGGGCAAAUUCUGUGGUACAGCUAGAGUCAGAUGGGCUUCAUCUGUCUAGCAAGGGCAAAAGGACUUCAGCCCGUAACUUGUCAGGGCUGAUCAGGAGGGCUUUAAACUAGAUUUGAAGGGGGAAGGGGUUGAAACCAGGCUCUUCAGAGAUGAGCUUAGGGGUACAAAGCCCAAGUUAAGAGUGAUAGCAGCAGCCCAGCUGAAGUGCAUGUACAUCAGUGCACACAGUAUGGGUAACAAGCAAGAGGAGCUGGUGGAAGAGCUUGCCAACCUGCUCUCCAUCAUUUACCAACAGUCCUGGCUCUCCAGGGAGGUCCCAGACGAUUGGAAGUUGGUGAAUGUCACGCCAAUCCACAAAAAGAGCUGCAAGGAGGACCCGGGAAACUACAGUCCCGUCAGCCUGACCUCAGUGCCUGGCAAGGUUAUGGAGCAGAUCAUCCUGAGUGCAAUCACACAGCACCUACAGGAUGGACAAGGGAUCAGAGCCAGCCAGCACGGGUUUAGGAGGGGCAGGUCCUGUCUGACCAACCUGAUCUCCUUGUAUGACCAGGUGAUCCACCUGGUGGAUGAGGGGAAGGCUGUAGAUGUGUCUAUCUGGACUUCAGCAAAGCCUUUGACACUGUCUCCCAUAAUAUACUCCUGGAAAAGCUGGCAACCCACGGCUUGGACAGGGGCACUCUGUGCUGGGUUAAGAACUGGCUGGAGGGCCGGGCCCAGAGAGUGCUGGUGAACGGGGCUGCAUCCAGCUGGCGGCCGGUCACCAGUGGUGUCCCCCAGGGAUCAGUGCUGGGCCCAGUCCUGUUUAAUAUGUUUACUGAUGAUCUGAAUGAGGGGAUUGAGUUCACCAUUAGCACAUUUACAGAUGACACCAAGCUGAGGGGGAGUGUUGAUCUGCUGGAAGGCAGGAGGGCCCUUCAGAGAGAUCUGGACAAACUGGAGAGAUGAUCUGAUUCCAACAGGAUGAAGUUCAACAAGGCCAAGUGCCGGGUUCUGCACUUUGGCAACAACAACCCCUGCAGCGCUACAGGCUGGGCACAGAGUGGCUGGAGAGCAGCCAGGCAGAAAGGGACCUGGGGGUGCUGAUUGACAGGAAGCUGAACAUGAGCCAGCAGUGUGCCCAGGUGGCCAAGAAGGACAAUGGCAUCCUGGCCUGGAUCAAGAACAGUGUGGCCAGCAGGAGCAGGGAAGUGAUCCUUCCCCUGUACUCAGCGCUGGGGAGGCCACACUUUGAGUAUUGUGUUCAGCUCUGGGCCCCUCAGUUCAGGAAGGAUAUUGAGGUGCUGGAGCAGGUCCAGAGAAGAGCAACAAGGCUGGUGCAGGGACUCGAACACAAGUCCUAUGAGGAGAGGCUGAGGGAGCUGGGGUUGUUUAGUCUGGAAAAGAGGAGGCUCAGGGGUGACCUCAUCACUCUCUACAGCUCCCUGAAAGGAGGUUGUAGCCGGGUGGGGGUUGGUCUCUUCUCCCAGGCAACCAGUAAUAGGACAAGAGGGCAUGGUCUUAAGCUCUGCCAGGGGAGGUUUAGGUUGAAUAUUAGUUAGAAAUUUUUUACAGAGAGAGUAAUCAGACAUUGGAAUGGGCUGGCCAAGGAGGUGGUGGAUUCACCGUCCCUGGAGGUUUUUAAGACGAGGCUGGAUGUGGCACUUAGUGCCAUGGUCUAGUAACCAUGGCAGUGUUGGAUUAAGGGUUGAACUUAAUGAUCUCAGAGCUGUUUUCCAACCCAGUUGAUUCUAUGAUUCUAUGAUAAAGGGGAACUGUGGCCUAAAGUAACACAAGCUGGAGUUGAGGAAACUCCUUCCAUGUCUCCAGCGGUUACUGUGUCAAAACUUUUACCAUCCUGAGCAACCUUCUCCAUGUGGUCCUUGUCUUGAGCAGGGCAUCAGACUUGAUGCCUGCUGAGAUCUCUUCCAAUAUACAUUAUCCCAUGGAGACUUAGUGAUAACGAGUUGCCACAGGAAGGAGCUCUGUUAACAGGGACAGUUUCAGGAUGAAACAUGUUUAUCCUCAGCUAUUUCUGCAUGAGUUCAGUGCAGGACAGAGUUACGAGAUAUUAAUAUUCCCUCAGCAUAAAAUCAACACUGCGAACAUCUCUCACUGUAAAUAUCACCUCCACCAUGCUACUCUUAAAAUGCAGAAAAUAAGGCAUUUGUGACUGUACCUUUAUCUAAUCUUCUCUUGUUCUUCCUGGUUUACAAUACCCACCUUUGUCUAUCAGCUCUACAAGUCAGUCUCAUAACUGACUGAUGAGUUUACUAGCUGGAUUUACAGUAGCAGCUCAGGCAGAGACUGUUUGCUUCUUAGCUGGGUGGAAAUAGUUUAUAAAGAAGCCUGACAGAAUUUAGUAACUUUGAAGGAGUCUCAAGUACAUGACUAAUUUUCUUGGAUCAAGACUUCUCUAGUGCAACUAUACCUUUCAGGAAUGCUUGAGCACUACAUGGUGCUCAGCACAGGAAAGAAACAUUACAUUCUCUGUACUAUUCACCACUUCCCCAGGCUCCCCAUAAUCUAACUUAGUAAAACCAAAAACAAACACAACAAAAAAAGGUUAAUGAGUCAUAACUAAAAAUACCAUUUUUGCAAGGUUGAGAAGUGCUGCCUAGAAUGUAGGUUUAUAUCCUCAGGCAGCCAUGUAAUGAUAGGACAUGGCUUUAAACUGAAAGAGGGUAGCUUUAGAUAUUAGGAAGAAAUUCUUUACUGUGAGGGUGGUGAGGCACUAGCACAGGUUGCCCAGAGAAGUUGUAGAUGCCCCAUCCCUGAAAGUGUCCAUGGCCAGGUUGGAUGGCGCUUUGAGCAACCUGGUCUAGAGGAAAGUGUCCCUGCCCAUGGCAGGGUGUUAGGACUUGAUCAUCUUUAAAGGUCCCUUCCAACCCAAACCAUUUGAUGAUGAUGAAGUCCCACAUGCUCUCCAAGCCAAAGGGAGCUCCUUGUUUUGGAGAAACCUGGAGAGCAGACUGUUGCUUAGACAUCUGAACCCAAGCCCUUCUGGGUGAGUGGAAACCCCACUGAAGGAGCUGAGAUUUUUAUAGAGGAUUUACAAUUCAUGGUUGUUUAAGUAGCCAGAAAUGCACUGAGAUGCUGAAGAGACUGAGGAGGAGGGAGCAUAUGGCCAGCUAAGCUCAGUGGUCAUUGCCAGAGGUAUCAAGGCAGUACGUGCUCAGGCAGCUAUUGUGUUCACUAGAGCUUUUUACAUUCACAUCUAACCAAAUUGUCAAUACUUGUUUUAGGAGCAGCUUGGAGUAUGACAAUCCUUGCUAUGGUUCUUCCUGUAAAUCCAGCCUGUGUGAGUGUGCCAGAUUUCCCAAUUAAGCCAUUUGAUAUGUUGGGGCAAAUGGUGUCCCAUGUAAUCCAGAGUGGGCUCUGGUUGCAUCUGGGUACUGCACUUGAAAGGUUACCCUCUGCCUUGCUGCAACACUAAUGAGUUCAGUUCUGGGGCAAGUGUUCAAGGACAAUACCAGUACAUCCAGUGUGUGCUCCUCAAAGAAAGAUGCAGUCUGAACAGAAACUGCACGACUGAAAGACGUGGUCUAUAUAAGAGCAUCUACCUGGGAACUGUGAUAAACCAACUCACUUCAUGCAUAGUUAGCAAAUUACAGUGCCCAAAGGAAAAUGUAGUCAACAGGAACUUUCAUGGGCAUUCACAUUCUUAUCAGUACCUAAGAAUGGACAAAUGUGCUUCCUUGAGAGGGACUAAGAGGUCAGGUCACCAUCAAAAAGAUCUUGCAGCAGGGAGAGAGAGAUUAUGUGAGACUUUAGAUCUGUGAAUGAAAAGUUGCUCAACCUGGAGGUUUCAUUGCACCCAUUGAAACAGGGCUUCUUCCUCAUGGCAGCUUCAGAAGUACCUUACUGCAAGAUACAGGAAGCCUGACUGGGCAUUUAAGUCUUUGUUCAGCUGAGAGAAAUCCUUUUGUCUCUAGUGCGGACAGACACUUCUGCAUGUUGGGCACCAGCACACAACACAGCCUUUGGUUUGUACCCAUCAUCUAUUCACAGAAAGCUCUGAAUGGGCAGGAGCAGCCAUUACAGUGUUACCUGUUCACCCCACGGCUUUCCAGACAGCUUGCCCAGCCGUGCCUUACAUUACAUUGCCAUAUUGAUGCCCCACUUCCCUUCCUGCCAGGGAGGUGAGGUGCAUGAGAGUCCUACCAAGAGGACACCUGCACUUGCACCUGGGCCAUGCUUGCAAACAGUGCCUAUACAGAUAACUAAUCUAAUUUGCAGGCCACAUCUCUUACGCUAGGUAGACGUAACCACUACAUCCUCCAGAGUCAGCUACUCUUCAUUAUAGUCAAUGUGAACAUUUGCAGCUAAUUGUGAACAGAUUUUAGAUCUUCGGUCAUGGUGUUUUUAUUAUCCAUGGAUGCUGCUAUUUUAUAUUCUGUGUUAGUAUUCAAAUAAUAUUGCAUAUGAAUAGCAUAGGAUGAAAUAGACCAACCAGUUAAUAAUUUUAAAUACAGACCUCAUCAGCAAAGAAAAGCUAAAAAAAACUUGAUAAAGUUUGACCCCUUGCACUUUCACAGUAGUGAGUGAGCAAAUCAUAUUUCAAAGUGCUUUAUUUGAUGCUAAAGUGUAUGUUGUCUUAUUAGUUCACAGUUAUGUCCACGAGAAGCUUUGCAAACAAGAGAGCAAGGGAACAAACAUAAUGAUGAGCAGAGAUAAUGCACAUUCAGAUAAAAUUUCUUCACUUACUCAAGCAAUUGGGAGUUUUUAAUUAUUUAUAAUACUUCUAAAGUACAAGCUAAAUGUACCACAGUAUACUUUUUGCAAAUAUGUCAGUGUUAGCAAUUUAAACCCUCACUUCAGCAUCACCUCUGUGAUUAAAUGGGGCUGAGAAGUGAGACAAGAAAGUGAAGAAACAGGCCGUUUAGUGUGGAACAAUGAAGCCAUACAGGUUGCAAAGUUCUAUGCAGUCAAGGGGCUGAAAUGGUGGAUUUGAGCAAGGUGUGUGUGGGGGGGUUGUGUUAAAUACAAGCUAUUGGUCUGGUGCAGAAAAGCAAUGUGAGUCAUGCAUGAUUUAACAGAGUCACUUCUGUCUAUGAACAAUUCUGCCCUCUCUUUUCCAUCAGAAGCAAAGCAAAACAUCUGCGCCAUCCACAAGUAUUAUUCACGGUUCAUGAUAUUCUAUAAACCAGCACAGAUCGCUGUAUAAAGAACAAUACUUGGACUCUUUCCUCUUGAGAAUGAAAAAUCUCAGAUGUAGCUUCAGGAGCCUUCAGAGAUCAGGGCAGCUCCGAGUCCUCCACUCAGCCCCAGAAUACUCUAUUCCAUGCUGUGUUGUAUCAAGAAAGAUGUAAUGACUGCUAACCAAGAGGACAUUUUCACAAGCACUACUUCUGCUGCAUUUGAUUUGAGGCAUUGUGAAGUCAACACAUUUAGUCUGAUGUUUGAACAAUACACUUUUUAACACACUCCAUUUUCUUUGGCUGAAAUUAUUCUAUUGUAAAAGGGAUUAUUCACGUCUUGUGUUUUACUGUUAAUAAAGAGAUUUCUGAUUUAA